AUGGCAUCACACAAUAAAGCAGUUAAAGCAGCAGUUCCAAAUGCACCAAAGAAGAAAGUUGUUAUGCGAGAUUAUCCACUUAAUUACAACCCACGUAUUUAUUCAACAACUGAGUUACGUCGAACAACAAAGAAAGAAGAGGAAAAGCCAAUUGAUAAAACUUCUAAGCGUGAAACAACAAGAAACAAGAAACUUGAAUCUAAAAUUCAAACAAAAGACCAAACUAAAACAAAAACACAAACUCAAAACGUUGAAAUAAAAGUUGAAGAACAAUAUUUUGAAGAUGAAAACAUUAAUGAAGAGCAAGAAAGCUUCCAGAGCGAAACCAUUCUUGACAAAUACACGAAAUUAGUUGAAUUAUAUCAGAAAGAGUUAGAUCGAAGAAACGAGUUAAAGAACACACAUGAAGAUUUUCUUCACAAAAUACACAUUGCUUACUCAAACCAGAUUAAGUUAGAAAGAGGUAUAAUUCCUUCAUCGAUGCAAGAUCCACCUUCUCACACAGAUGAAGAAGAGGAUAUUCAUCAAGAAGAAGAAAUUACUAAAGGAACAGAAUAA